AUGUCUGCCCCAAUCAGUUUCGUUCCAAAGAAGGCUAUGGCCUUCGACAGCAAGCUAUUCGACAUAAUCGGAGCCGGCGAGACCCUCGAAAUCGCCCGGCACACGAUGACCCUCCUCCCCACUCCUCCCUUCCCUGCUGACGCCGUCAUCCACGACGCCGCAUGCGGCCUGGGGCCCGUCACCGAGAGCAUCCUCGCCACCGCGCCGGCCCCGACCGUCAAGAUCCACGCAACCGACAUCGCCCCGCCAAUGAUUAACGUCUACAACCAGUCGGCCGAGGCCAGGCACUGGCCUUGCAGGGCCGAGGUCAUGGACGCCCAGAAGCUCGCCUUCCCGGACGCUAGCUUCUCCCAUGUGUUUCUGUCCUUCGGCCUGCCCAUCAUGGACGAUCCUGUCGCCGCCGCCAGGGAGAUGUACCGCACGCUCAAGCCGGGAGGCACCGCCAUCACGGCCUUCUGGCUGCACAAUCCGCAGGGCGAGUGUGGCGUCAAGGUCUGCCGGGCGAUCCGUGGCCCGGACGCCCGGCUUAACAUCGAGCCCAACCCACAGCACGGCGACAAGAACUAUAUCAGGAGUCUGUUGGUCAAGGGGGGAUUCAAAUUCGAGGAUUGCCAGCUGUACGAGCAAUCAGCUCUGUUGCCUGUGAAGGACCUGGACGACCUUGCCACUGCGAUUUGGAGCGCCAUCGGCCAGCCCAAGGGUGGGUGGACCAAGGAGGAUGAUGAGCAGUGGGAUACGGCAAUUGCCAAGUACAAGGAGCUCCUACCGAGCCAGCCCGGCUACCAGGUGGACGGCAAUGGAAAUAUCAUUCUCAAGGCUACUGCCCAAAUUGUCAUCGUACGCAAGGAAGGGUGA